AAUUGGUUGUCAGUCAUUUUUUUUCCGUUUCCGUGGUAACGGUACAAAUGUCAAAAUAAACUAAACUACAGUGUUAUGUGCGUAUGUGACAUUUGUUUAAUAUUGUUUACUUUUUGUAUUUUUUAGUCGUAAAUGUAAAUAAACAAUAAAGUUGAAGUUAAUAGAGAGAAAAAAAUGAGAACCCAUCCAACGUGGGUUGAUAAAGUUCAAGAUAAGACAGAACAAUGUAUAUACGAUUUAUGUUUUAAUCCUGAUGGAUCUCAAUUAGUUGUAGCUGCGGGACAGCAAGUAUUGGUUUAUGAAACUAGCAAAGGAGCUUUAAUUCAACCUCUUAAAGGUCAUAAAGAUACAGUGUAUUGUGUUUGUUACGCGAAGGAUGGAAAAAAAUUCGCUUCCGGCAGUGCAGAUAAAUCAGUUAUUAUAUGGACUUCGAAACUUGAGGGAAUUCUCAAAUAUUCACACAAUGAAGCUGUACAAUCAAUGCAAUUUAAUCCAGUGUCUCAUCAAUUAUUAACUUGUGCACUUUCCGAUAUUGCCUUAUGGUCAGUGGAACAAAAGGCAGUUCAAAAAUAUAAAUCCGGAGGAAGAGUGAAUUGUUGCUCCUGGACGAAAGAUGGUCAAUAUAUGGCUCUUGGAUUGGCCACUGGUUUCGUUUCCAUCAGAAACAAGGUUGGCGAAGAAAAAGCGAAAAUCGAUCGUUCUGGAGGAACAGCAAUCUGGAGUGUCUCCUGGUGUCCCUUAAGGGAUGAUUUAAUGGACGUCUUGUGCAUAGCCGAAUGGGGUGGAACACUAUCGUUUUAUGCGAUUAAUGGAAAAGCAGUGAGACGAGAGAGAACACUGAAUUUUACACCCUUGAAGAUCUGCCAUUUUCCCGAGGGUCAAUAUCUUCUUGUUUCGGGCAGCAAUAAACGUUGCAUGUUAAUGACACACGACGGUAUACAAUUGGCAACAGUUGGCAAUGAAUUUUCAUCCUGGGUUUGGAGUUGUGCCGUUCAUCCCGAAUCAUCACACAUUGUAAUAGGAUGCCAGGAUGGAACAAUCACCUAUUUGGAAUUAUCCUGGAACACGGUUCACGGUCUCUAUGGCGAAAGAUAUGCGUAUAGAGAGAAUAUGACCGACGUUAUUAUUCAACAUCUCGUGACAAAUCAAAAAGUCAGAAUAAAGUGCAAAGAUCUCGUCUGCAGAAUUGCCGUCUACAAGGACAAACUCGCCGUACAACUUCCGGAGCGUGUGAUAAUUUACGAACCAUCGGGUAACAAUGAAGGAAUGCAUUACCGCAUCACGGACAAAUUGGCUCAGGCACUAAAUUGUAAUAUGCUGGUGGUAACGACAAAUCGUUUAAUUCUCUGUCUGGAUAAACGAUUGCAGAGUCUCACAUUCACGGGGACAAUUGAUCGUGAAUGGAUUUUGGAUGGACCGAUAACUUAUUUGAAAAUAAUCGGCGGCCCCGUGGGACAGGAGUGUUUAGUGGCCGGUCUAAAAACGGGACAGGUUGUCAAAGUCUAUCUCGACAAUCCCUUUCCAAUGCAUCUUGCAAAAGUCGAAUCAGCCGUUCGAUGUUUGGACAUUAGUUUGCUGAAGGAGAAAUUGGCCGUUGUUAGGGACACGGAUGUUUUGUCAGUAUUCGACAUUAGAACCGAUCAAAAAUUACAGGAAUUCCACGACGUACGAAGUGUUGCGUUCAAUAGUGCUUUCGAGGAAAUUAUGUGUUUCUCGGGUGUUAAUUACUUGGCGAUCAAGGUCGCAAAUUUUAACGAGUAUCGACAGAAAUUCUCCGGAUUUGUCGUCGGACACAAUGGAUCGAGACUUUAUUGUCUCAACGGUCCUUCGAUCGUGACAGUUGAGAUGCCUUUGUCGUCCGCGAUGUAUCAGUAUUUGGAGAUUGAUAUGUUUAAGGAAGCUUAUGCAAUCGCUUGCUUGGGAGUGGCGGAGAAUGAUUGGUUUGCCUUGGGAGUUGCCGCUUUGGAUAAUUUGGAAUUCAAUAUUGCAUAUUCGGCUUUUGCGAGAAUCAAAAAAUUGCGCUACAUUGAAAUUGUCUCCGAAGUUGAGGAGAAAUUGAAAUCUGGCGAAUGGGGACGUGAGGCUUGCAUGGCAACAGCAGCGGCUGCAAUGGGCCGACUUCGUGAAGCUGCGAGACUCUAUCAAAAAGCCGGAUUACAACAAUACGCUGUCGAUAUGUAUUCCGAUCUUCGCAUGUUUGACAUUGCCCAGGAAUUCAUUUCGUCUGGCAAUAUUCAAGAUCGAACGGUGCUCCUUCGGAGGAGAGCAGAAUGGGCGAAGAGUUUGGGCGAGCCACGAGCGGCAGCGGAAAUGUUCCUUUCGGCGGGCGAUAUUCAGCGAGCAAUAAAAAUAAUUGCCGAACACGGUUGGAUUGAUAUGCUGAUUAAAGUUGGUAGGCAGUUGGAUAAAGCGGAGCGAGAGAGUUUAACGGUGAUUGGAAAGAAAUUGAGACAAUUGGGAGCGACGCACGGUGCGGCGGAAAUAUUUACACGAUUGGGCGAUCAUCCUGACGUGGCGGAAGUUCUAAUUGAGGCGCAAGCCUGGCCCGAGGCUUUUGAGUUGGCCGAGAGGAAUCCAAAAUUAAAAUCACGAAUCUAUGGUCCAUACGCGAGAUGGCUGGCGGAAACUGGACGAUUCUCCGAGGCCCAAGAAGCUUUUCAAAUGGCUGGCCAACCAGAGGAAUCAAUAGGAGUUUUGACGACUCUGGCAAAAAAUGCCGUGACAGAAAGACGAUUUCGCGAUGCGUCUUAUUUUUACUGGCUCCUCUCGCAAUUGAGUCUUGAUCUAUCGAAAAACGUCGAAGAAAUUAGAGUUCUAUUCAGAUCUUAUUCCGAGAGAGCCGACAUUUAUUACGUCUAUCAUGAAGUUCAUAAAUAUUUGGAAGAACCAUUUACGUCCCUAAUGCCAGAAGCGCUAUUCAACAUUUCCCGUUUUCUACUAAUAAAAACGCAGGACAAACAAUUCGAGGGCGUGUCACAGUUGACAAUAACUUAUGCGCUAAUGAAACAAGCACGUCUUUUGGGUGCCAAUAAAUUGGGAAUACAAUUACUCGAACGCUUGAGGGGAAUGAAGAUACCAAAAAAUUUAUUGGCACAAAUUGAAACGUGGGCAAUUGCCGCGAAGGCAUAUCCAUAUCGUGAUCCUGAGGAAUUACUUCCAUUGUGUUAUCGAUGUUCAACGUUUAAUACACUUUUACCUACGAAUAAUACACCGGAAAAUAGUUGCGUUCAAUGUGGUCUAAAAUUUCAACACUCGUUUGUGAUGUUUGAGAUUUUACCUCUCGUGGAAUUUGAACUCGAAGAAGGAAUUACUGACGAAGAGGCGGAGAAAUUAAUAGAAGAGCCAAUUCAAAAUUCCGAGGAAUUGAAUUUAGUGGAAGAUCAAUUGACAAUAACGACUAAAACCGAUCUUUUCACUGAUCGUUUAGUUCGUUAUGAAAAUAAACUGGGAGGUUCGACCGUUCUCGUAAAUCGUGGAAUUCUGAAAAGUUUGGAACCCUCAAGUGUCUUAAUCGUCAAAUGGCCGCAGCCAUUCAAAACCCGAUAUUUUAAAAAUCUACUCACUGAUCUUCAAGUCACCUCUUGUAAAACAUGUCUAAAGCUAUUUCAUUCGGACGAUUACGAAUUGGCCUUACUUAGAUAUGGACACUGUCCAUUUUGCCGAGCACCUAAUACUUCAACGAAUAACGUCUAAUCUAUUAGGCUUUUCAAUUGUAAAUAUUUAUACAUAUAUUUUCAUUCUGUAGAAACACUAUUUCGCACUCGUAUUUUUUUUACAAAAUAAAUUGUUAUGAAAAUUCAUAAAAAUUGUUAAUAAAUAAAAUCUAAAAUAAUAAGAAAACUGAAAUUAAGUAAAAGAAAGAAAAGUAAAAAUUUCAAUAAGGAAAUAU